GUGAUGACGCAGCACCGUGCGUGCGGCGCCCACUUCCGGCCCGCCGCCCGCCGCAGUGACAGGCAGCAGGCAGAGCGCGGCGCGGGCACAGCGGGACCGCCGCCCCCCGCCGCCGCCAUGAACGGCAAAGGGCAGUACCCCACGCAGCCCUCCUACCCCGUGCAGAGCGCCGCCAACCCCCCCGUGUACCCACAGACUGUGCCCCUACCGCAGCCCCCGCCGUACACCGACGCUCCUCCUGCGUACUCCGAGCUCUACCGUCCCAGCUUUGUCCCUUUGGGGGCUGCCACCGUCCCCACCAUGUCGGCAGCGUAUCCGGGUGCGUCCGUCUUCCUGCCCGUGGCCCAAUCCGUGGCCGUGGGGCCCAUCGGUUCCUCCGUCCCCAUGGCGUAUUACCCCGUGGGACCCGUCUACCCCCCGGGCUCCACCGUGCUGGUGGAGGGCGGCUUUGAUGCUGGAGCGAGGUUUGGGGCCGGAGGUACCGCCAGCAUCCCUCCCCCCCCUCCUGGCUGCCCCCCCAACGCAGCACAGCUGGCCGUCAUGCAGGGAGCCAACGUGCUGGUGACACAGCGGAAGGGCAACUUCUUCCUGGGAGGCUCAGACGGCGGCUACACUAUCUGGUGAAGAA